GGCGCGGCGCGGCGCGGCGCGAGCAGCGGCAGCCGCGCGGGGAGCGCGUCGCGCCCGCGCCUCUCGCGCUCGGGAUGGACUGAGCCGCGCUGGCGGCUCGCGCCGAGUCGGGUCUUGCCCUCGCCGGGUCCCGAGGCGCCCGGCCGGGCCGGGCUCAAGUCCCCGCAGACGGUCCCGGGCCGGGCGCCCGCCGCGCCGGGGAGAUGUCCGGCGGCCGGAGGAGGGGCAGCGCCCCCUGGCACAGCUUCUCUCGGUUCUUCGCUCCCCGAAGCUCUUCCCGGGACAAGGAAGAGGAAGAGGAGGAGAAGCCGGGAACUAACCAGCCGCCCGCUCCGGGCCGGGGCACUGCCAGUGUUGAAAAUGAGCCCAGGAGUGCAAGUCAGAAAAAGGAAAAUGUACUUUCAUCAGAAGCAGUAAAGAUUUCCCAAAGUGAGGACAAAAGGAACCAUGCGGAGAAGCCAAUUACUCUUUCAACACAGGAAGAUUCCAAAAAGCCAAACGACCUUUCCAGUUCCACUUCAGAUACCAAAGCUGGAGAAGGUGACAGACAGCCAAAAGAAAGUUUCUUUCAGUUUCUUGGUAACUUAUUCAAUAUCUCAGGAAAAUCGACUCUUAGUGAAGCCAAGCAGUCUUCCCUCAAAGAUGACCAUGAUAAAACCGAGAAAGAUUUACAGACGCCCUGUGACCAGCGUGAGGAAGGGGUCAAAAGGGAGCGGGAGAAUGUCAGUGGCUCCCCCGGGUCCCAGGCACUUCCAACAGAAGAACAAGAAUCCAACUCCAGUGAACUCUCAGAUGCGUUUUCUUUGGAUACCACACAUGACAGUGAACAGGAAACCAGCGAUUUACCAAAACAAAUUGAUGGUAAACCAGAGAGGCCUUCAGUAACGUAUGCGACCUAUAGAGGCCCUAGACACAUUAGGAAAUUGUUAAAGCAACAGACCUUGUUGGAAACUGUGAAUCCAUUGGACAGAGAAAGUGCAAGCUCUGACUCUAGUUCACACACACAUAUUGGUCCUUGCAGUGAGGUGGAGGAUGGGAUGGUGCCAUCACUGUCUUCAGCUGCAACAGACAUUUCUACAAAAGGGUAUUUGGGAGACUCUGCUUGUAGCAAAAUAAGUGUCAACGCAGAAAACCAUCUGGCAAACAACCUAGGACUUCAGAAUACUGUUUCUUCUACGGAUGUUUUAAAUAAAAAUGAUCCCGGGGGACCUGAGAGAAGUCAGCCAUCCCCUUCUGCUAUGACUGACUCCAGCUUCGCUGCUGGAGAAUCUGACCCCAAGCAACACUUAAGCUGUUUACCCGUUUCUGAUACUGACAGAGAAAGUGCGACACUGUUGACAGGAAGUAAGAAUAGCAAAGUCACUUGCAGUCCAGCUGUUCAAAGGAAGACUACAACAGAAAAGACUGUAAAGGAAAACAGCUCUGUGAUGAGUGAAGGGGCAUCAGUGAGGAGAGAGGAGCCUGUUGAGCCUCCGAUACCUACUGCUUCUGGUUUCUCUUGUAGCAGAUCUGAUGGGGGCGACACUGGCAAACAGGGAAGUUCAGAUUUGCCAAGUCCUAGCAAAUCAGCGAGGCGAGAAGACCUGCAGCUGCCAGAGAGUCAGUGUUCUGACAAGCAAGCCGUAGACAGCUCAUCAGAGCCGGCUGCCAGUCACACCGGCACCAUUGCUCCUCAGAGACAUGCUGUGGCAGACACAGAGCUUGUCGAUGGGGGAGAGAGGCUACCUUCCCAAGACUCACGGAACCAUUUGACUGUUACACAAACCAGGCAAGAAAUGGAAAGUGCUUCGACUGGUGAACCCACAACUCCAAGUCACGUAAAAGCCCCAGAAGCUGAAAUUAAGUCAUUGCCUGAGGAUCCUGCCCUGUUGUUUCCAACAGAAGCCAAAAAGCCUGACAUUGGGCCGCAGGAUAGAACUACUCACAUGAGAAUAAACCAAAAGGAUCCUGCCCCUGUAAAACACAUCAGCGAAUCAGCAGUGGUAGCAUACUUUGAAAAUGAAGUAACACCUGAAGUGGAUUUAGAACUUAAUAAAAAUCACAUUUCAGAAUCUCCUCUUGGCUCAGAGAGUCCUCAACAAACAAAAGUAUCACCUGAUGCUAAAACAUCUGUUAUCCUCGACUGUGAAAAAGUAAAUGUCAGCACUUCACCCCCUACCUUUGUUUCUGAAGCUGAUGUGCUGAACGCGUUGGCUGUUCCUGCUUUAAAGAAUGAGAACUCUGUGCACACUGAAACUGGAGGUGUCGACAUCAUUGGUAUUUCCUGUCGGCCCAGUAAGUGUCAGGAAGAAAAUGUGGCAAAUCGUGUGGAGGUUGCAGACAGGAAAAGUUCUGUUCACCUUGACCGUGCGCCUGCAGUUCUGGAAUCCAAGGAAGUUCUUCAUGAUAGUGAAACAAGCAAGCUUCCUCUGGGUCUCGAAGCCAGUGACACUCGCUUAUUUGAGGAGAAUUCAUUGAGCCCCGAGUCUCGGAGCCUCUCUGAGGACCCCAUUUCCUUUUCAUCUAAAGGCCCUGAGAAAGCAGAACCAAUGCCUUCAAACACUAAAGCAAGUAAAAGCAUAAUAGAGACCUCUAAUUCCUUGGAAACCAAAAAUGGUAAUAUUUCCGUAGUUUUAUCGACAGCUGAAGGUCAUGAACAGAACGCUGUUCCUCUUGAGUCACAUUCUGGAAGAUGGAAAACUGUAGCCUUGUCUGAGAUACCUGUUUCCCAAGUAGAGCCCAGAGACGUUUCUCAGGAUAAACUUUCUUCUUUUCCAUUUGAAGUUACAGAUUUGCCGGCAAAGCCUGUUUUAUCAGAAUUAACUGCUCCAGAGGUUGAAGAGGGCAAAAAUCUUCAAUCAGUGGAUCCUAAGAUUAAAGAGAAAUGCUCAGAUGCUGUCCCUAAUGGUCAAGCUGAGGAUUCUCCUUCUGCUUCCAAAUGUCAAAGUGUACAAGACACAGAGCAAGACUCCUUGGCUUAUCCUGUACGACAGGAGCAAGCCAGUGGGCCAAUGGCACAGAAUCAUGAAGCAGACACUUGUGCGAGUCAUCAUUCUUCGGGUAUCUGUGGGAAUAAAACGACUUCUGGUCCCUCAGAAAUAGCAGAACUCAGCUCAAAUAAUGUUUCCCCCAAAUUCCAAGAAACUGAUAGCACAAAAGUAAAUUUGCCUUUUCUAGGUUCUGAUGUCAGUUUGGAAAAAAACAUUUUUGCAUGUGGAGAUUCGAGUCUUCCCAAUGCACCUUCUGUCCUGAGGUCAGAAAAGAAAGAGAACACUCAUUUUCUGACUGGAGCUAUCCACAGUGUGUCGUCUUCCUCUGGUCACCCUGAUGGAGUUAGUGAGGUUACAAGGUCACAUAAUCCUCAGGAUCAUUUUGAUUCUGGGAAAGUUACCAGAGACCUCACAUGUGAAAGUGCUCCCUUAACUGACCUGCCGUACCCUAACAGCGCCUAUCUGGAAUUUGAAACACCUGUCCCAACAGAGGCAGUAGGGACUCCACUUCAGGAACAUUUGGGGGUUUGUACUGGGAGAGUAGCUCUUGAUUGCUCAACUACGGCCCAGUUGGAAGGUCCCGUGGACGCAGAGCCUGGAGCAGUUGCUGGGGCUCCAGCGUCAGUUAACAGCUCAAGCCAGCAGUGUUCUGAAGCCUCUGCUGAGCACAUAGAAGCAAGGAGAAGAGCACAUGACCGACUUCUGGGCCUCAAGAGUGGUUUCCUCAAAAAGGCUGAUACACUGAUUGGUGAGAUUUUUAGUUCUGUCAGGGAGGAGCUAAAAUCCAGAUCCUGCCAAGAGCAUAUAGCCAUACAGGACAUAAUGAGUACAGGCACGCUGAGAGAAGACAUCCCUGAGAAAAACCCCUCAGCAGGGGUGCAUCCGACAGAGUGUGUGGAAGAACAGGACGUGGAAAUCAUGUCGGAAGUCAAGGAAGAAGAGGCAGCCUGUGUCUCACCUACAGCUGGUGAGGGGAGUCUCCUUCGUGGUUCAGAUAGAAUGGAUGUGUCUUGUUUGUUAGAAGAUAAAGCUAGGGAAUUAGUCAAUGAGGUUAUUUGUUCAGUCCACAAAAAUUUGACAAAUGAUGCUUUUGAGGAUGCUGAGUCUACCUGGGGUUCUGAACUUCAGGCUGAUGCUUCAAAAAUUCUGAACAGUGGAAGUGUUAAGCCACAUGAUACAAUUAGGGAGUCCUCAGUAUCAGGACAGGCAGUAAAUCAAAGCACACAUGAAAUUAGUGAAAAUAAAUUAUUAAGUAGAUUCUUUUCUGUGAGUAAUUUAGUUAGUGGCACAGAGUCAAUUAAAGGAAGAGAAAUUGUUCCCUACCAAGAAUCUCCGUUUUCUGGAAAUGGAGCUGGACAGUCUGACAGUAUAAAUUUGCAGAGAUCGGUUACGGUUUUACCACCUGAGGACACGCCUCAUAAAAGGUUAGGUGAUGGGGAAGAAACAGAUUUGCUGCUCAAUGAGGACUGUAAGACAGCAGAAAUAGAGUGUGGGGAUGAUCAUAAAACUGGGACAGAAGAUAGAAGAACUCUUGUAUUAAAUUUCGAGUGGCCCCCAUUGCUAAAUGAUGACAUCCACACACCUGGUACCUCAAAAGGCAGUUUAUCUGAUAGUCUUGUGUGUGUAUCUGAAAAAACCUUGCCAGGACAUAGUAAAGGCACACCCCUUAUAAUGUCAGAAAUAGGGAAAGUACACAAAAAGGAUAAUGAAGUCAGUAUAGGAAAUCUCAAGCUUGUACCUUCCAUGUUAGAAAUAGGAAAAACUAACAAAAAAGAUGCCAAAUUGGAUAUUAUGAAAUAUGGGGCCGUUCCUCCUAUGUUAGAAAUGGGAAGAGAAUGUAAAACAGACACUGACUUGACAGUCACAAAAAUUGAACCCAGCGGUGGUGGUUUUAAAAUGGGAGAGGUAUACCAGAUGGAUGCUGAAAGGUAUAUUGACAAAACAGAGGGAGUACCUGUCUCCUUAGGAAUGGAAAAAGCCUGUAGGAUGGGGGAUCCUGAAGGGGAUAUUGGCAAAACAGAGGCGAUGCAUGUUCUGUCAGAAGUGAAAAAUGUCCACCAAAAGGAUGCUGAAGGGGACAUUGCAAAGGCUGAGGUGAUACCUGUUACACUAGAAAUGGAAAGCAUUUGCCAGAAGCGUGCUGAAGGAGACAUAGGCAAGACUGGGGUGACGUCUGUUAUGCUAGAAGUGGAAAACAACUGCCAAAAAGACGUUGUAGGGACUACCGAGAAGGCCAAAGUGGCACCUGUUGCGUUAGAAAUGGGAGGCAUUUGCCAAAAGGAUGAGGAAGGGGAAUUGGCAAGGACUGAAGUGAGAGCUGUUGGAUUGGAAAUGGAAAGUAUCCAUGCAAAGGAUGUGGAAAGAAGUAGUGAUAAAACUGAGACGAGACCCAUCAUGUUAGAAGUCGUGAAUAUUUACCACAAAGACGCCGAAGGGAUGACUGGAAAGACGGAGCAACCUAUUUUGGAAAUGGAAACCGUUUACCAAAAGGAAGCUGAAGAGAAGAGUAGGAAUGUUGAAACAGUACCUUUUGUGUUAGAAGUGAGAGAGGCACACAAGGAGGCAACACCUGCUGGCCUAGAAAUGGAAACGGCAUGCAGAAGGGGUGCUGAGGAGACUCCUAGAACAGGUACAUCCGUGCCCUCCAUGAUGCAGAUGGAAAGACUGUCCCCAGAAGAUUCUGGUGGAAACACUGGGGAACGUGAAGUGUUUUCCACAGUUGUAGAUACUGAGAAAACAUUUGGAACAGGGCUGGAAUUGACAGUUCCACAAAUGGAAGCCAUGCCGGCUAUAUUUGAAAUUGAAAAAAAAAACCAAAUAUAUGCUGAAGAGAGUGUUAGAGAAGUGGAAGAAGAGCCCGUUGAAGUAAAGGAAGGUUUCAUAGUACAUGACAACAGAGUUGCUUCACAUUUCAGGGGCUAUGAAUCACCUACCCUCAGUAGGGAUUAUGAGGGCUAUCCUGCCUUAGCUGUGCCAGGUUUUCAACCUGAAGAUAACAUAGUGAGGCUAGACCAAAGAAUGUCUGUUACUGUAAUAUAUGACAACAGGAGAGAUCUGGAUUACAGCGAUGGCAAAGAAGAAUCGAAUUUAGCCUUUGUUUCUCAGGAUGAGCAAGAAAAUUCUUCCUUUACUAUAUUAUAUGAUGAGCCCCUUCAGGACGAAGACAGGUACGCUUGUGCAGAAGUAAGAACACAGUCUGUCUUGUUUCCUGAUGUGUCACCUGACAGUGUACCCAUGUUGGCAUGCGAAAGGUCCGAGAGCAGAACUGACCUUGUCCAUCAUUUUGAGAAAGAUACUAAAUCGAGUGAGACAUUUGAUAGUGAUAGUUCAGAAGUGUUCUUAGCAGUGGAGGCCAAAAGAUACAAAAUUUACCCUUUAGCUUUGUCACCCAUUUACGAGGAUGACAGCUCCCAGGAGGAAAUCUUGUCUAGUGAGGUCUCACCUGGUCACCAUGGCUCCACAAAAUCAAGAGAGAGUGCAAACCAGUCCUCGUCUGUAUUAUCACUUCUCCAGUCAGUGUCAGAGCGCUUGAAGAUGAAUUUUGAUGAAGAUGACCGACAGCCAGUGGAGGAAGAGGAGGAGGGUGGGAUGGAGGAGGAGGAGGAGGAGGAGGAGGAGGAGGAAACAUUGCAUUCAGGAAGUCUGAGAGCUCAAAGGAGGGAGCACAUUACCUUGGAGUUACCAGAUCCUUCCAUCACAUUCUACCCUGAUGAUGACCAGGAAAGCACCACAAUUUCUAAGAAUUCAUAUGUGUUGUCGAAUGAACCUACUACCUCCAAUCUGCAAAUUGGUUUGUGGCCAGAAAAGACUUCAUUUCUACAAAAAUCUGACCUUACUUCUAAGCUACACUCUUCUUUAAAGAGUGCUUAUCAUCAGUAUUUGCAGGCUUCCAGAACUCACUCCGCAGAAAAAGGAGCCAGAUUUGGUGGGAUAUUUCAGGAACCAGUGUCAAAAUAUUUCUGUGUUCAAGACCCCUCAGGCAGAUUGAACCCAUACAUUGAGAAUGUUGACAAACAAAUUCUGAGAUGUAACCCAAGACCUGGGAAGAUGGUUAUUUAUGAUCUCCAUGGAAGUAGAUAUAAACAAGAGGUCUACUGUAAUAUUCCUGAUGCUACAUCAUGGUCCUUUCCAAAUGGAGUAUUGAUAAAAGUUAUAAGAGGCUGCUGGAUUUUGUAUGAGAAACCACAUUUCCAAGGUCAGAAAUGUGUGUUAGAAGAAGGUGAAAAGGUAUUAAAUCAUGACUGGAUUCUUCAGAACAGAAAACACCCACAAAGAAACUUUGUAUUGGGUUCUAUCAAGCGUGUCUUAAAGGAUUGCAGCAUUCCAGAGAUAGAACUUUGCCCACAGUCUGACCCAGCAUGUUGUCCUGUCUUCAUCCAGCGAGCUGUGCCCAAUUUGGAAGAACUGAAUAUCCCCAAGUCUGUGUCCUUCACUGUGAAGUCAGGAGUUUGGCUUGCCUACCCAGAUGUUAAUUUUAAGGGGCAAGCUACAGUUCUGGAGGAAGACCAUGGGCUCUUUGAGAUUUCUGCAACAGAAACGAAGUCACUGCAACCUCUUCAAAUGGGAGGACUGAAAGUGGAAAUGCCUAUGAACUUAAAGGUUAUUAUUUAUGAAAAACCUCACUUCCAUGGGAAAUAUAAAGAGUUUAGUGAACAUAUAGAUUCUGUCCCUAAUUUUUUAAAAAAUGAUGACUUUCAUGGAAUUGGAUCAAUUCGUGUCAUUGGUGGAGUGUGGGUUGCCUAUGAGAAGGAACAUUUCAAAGGCCAGCAGUUCCUGCUUGAAGAAGGAGACUUUGAAGACAGUAACGCCUACGGGGCAUUAAGUGCUCCCAUCUUGUCUUUUCGGUACUUACAAGCUAAUUUUAUAGAAUCUUCUAUCACACUGUUUGAAUCUGACCUAGAAAGUGGGAAGUUUAUUGAUAUUACAAAUCGGGAAAUUCCUGACUUAGAAGAAAUUGGCUUUGGCAGUGAAACAAGAUCCAUUCAUGUUAAAAGUGGAGUAUGGGUUGCCUACCAGCAGAAGUUCUUCUGUGGAGAACAGUACAUUCUAGAGAAGGGGAAAUAUAAAUGCUUUUUUGACUGGGGAGGAUCCAAUAAUAUAAUUAUGUCAAUACGACCUAUCCAGCUGGAACCACUUGGGAUAAAUGAGCCUCCACAUUUGCUCAAAGCAUUCAGUAAACCUGGGUUCCAAGGUGAAUGUAUAGAUUAUACAAAUGAAAUUUUUCAUUUGACUUCAUUCACACCACGUUCUUUUAAAGUUCUUCGGGGUUGCUGGCUCCUGUAUUACCAGGAGGAUGUUUGUGAUCAUCAGUGUGUGUUGGAAGAAGGCCUGUAUGCCGACCUCACCUCCUGUGGCUGCCCAACAUCAAGAGUCACAGCCCUCAAGCCCAUCGACUAUGUUUUUGAAGAGCCCUCCAUCAGCCUCUUUGCACUGGAACAUUGUGAGGGAAGAGAGCUACAUCUCGAAGAGGCUGUGAAUUCUGUCCUGAACAAAGACUUGCAUUUCUACACCCAGUCUGUUUGGGUAAAAAGCGGACUAUGGAUAGCUUAUGAAGGAUCUAAUUUCUUAGGGAGACAAAUACUACUUGAGUCUAAUGAGAUCCCAAACUGGACAGUGUACAGUGGGUGGAAAACAAUUGGUUCCCUGCGUCCUAUGAAACAGCCUGCUGUAUACAUCAGAAUAAAGAACCGAGCCCAGGAUGAGUAUCUAACAGUCACUGGAAAUAUAACUGACCCGAGGGCAACUUCCGUGUGCAUUUCCCCCUACAGUGGAAAGAACACUCAGAUCUGGCACUACUGUCGAGGACUCUUUAAAUCCAAGGCCAGUGAUACAUGUCUCGAUGUGAUUGGUGGCCGGGACAUACCUGGAGCUAGGGUAGCCCUAUGGACUGAACAUGGGCAGUUGAGGCAGAAGUGGAGACUAAAUAAAAAUGGAACCAUCAGCUCUUACCUCAGUGAUCAACUUGUCCUUGAUGUCAAAGUAGGAAAUUAUUGUGACAAGACUCAUGUCAUUGUAAACCAGCCCCUGGAGGGAGAAACAACACAGCAGUGGGACAUUGAAAUAUUGUGAGAAUCAACACCAUCCCUAGAAGGAGCAAAGGAAGAAGGAACCGCACAUCCUUUGCCUUGUGCAUGUGUGAAGGAAGCUGCUGUCAGCACAUUCCUGUUGGGAUCACUGAGCGGAAUGAACUCUCUCCAGGUUCCAUCCAAGACUGUUGCUCUUAACCAUGGAAAAGCUCAAAAUAUCCUUGCCAGUUACUCAGUGUUCCUGUGAAGGAAAUGUUACUAUUUCUGGGAAAAAUUCUCUCUUCCUGACUGAUCUACAGUUGUGGUGAGCAAAGUUCCUGAAAUCUCUCUUUUCCCCCCAGUCCACCAAACAUGAAUCCCUGCUAGCUGAUUACAGGAUACUGGUUCUGUCACCUGGGCUAGUUAUUAACGUCCUACUACAUGCUUGUAUGAGUAUAAGGAACAGGGAAACUAAUUCCUGUGAGUCAUACUUUUGCAAAAAGAUGAGUAAUUUUAGCACUAUCUGCAGAUUUAUUUACUAAGCCUUCCUGUUAAGCUGCUGCAUUAAACCCUGAAGUUUCUAUGAGGCUUUUCUGAUUGAAGCACCUCAUGAAUAUUUAUACUUGUAACUGCUCCUAGGGGAGGGACCUAGUUUUGUCAGGAAAAAGGCCCAUGUAUUGGAGUGUUUUCUGUGGUCAUUGUUUCCUUAGCCCUUCUAGCUAAAAAAAGUACAGAGAACCUAUGGCCAACCUUGCACUCUAACAGUGGUUACCGCCCUAUUACUGUCUGAGCCCUAGAUUUUGCCUGAUCUGCCCUCAAGCAGAAGUGCCAGUCAACAAUUUUCUUUGCCUGAAGUAAAGGGAAAUUUCAAAUUAAAACAAAGUAGCAUUUGAUUAAUUUUUAAGUAAAGGUGGAGUUGGUUUCUUAACUAAAGGACAGAAAACUUAGUUUUACAAUCCCAUUUGAAAUACCUUUCAUUUAAGCAAAAUCAGGUAAGAAAUCAUCUUUGACUUGGUUUCCAUUAAUCACCACCACUUGUACCAUCACAAUUCCCACACAUUCUUCCUUCCUGAGUUAAACUUACAUUGAGCCAGCAGUUCAUUCUCUCCUACCUUUUGACAAAAAGCAGAAAAAUGCUCUAUUUUUAUAUAGAAAGAAUAAACUCUGUGAUGGUUUUUUCUAAAAUAUCAACUUAUAUGCACUUUAGAAUGUAAAAUAACAGUGAAUGGUUAGAGACCCAUUAUUUUGAGUAUUUUUAUAGACUUGGUCUUUCCAUGUAAAUACUGGGUUUUUCCCUUAAAUCUCAGGCUUUUCUCUUGUCAUCUGUUAAGCAGCAUCUGUAAAAGUCCCUUUCCCACAGAUGUUGAGUGCCUCUCAAUGGUGUGGCAGUAUUAUUUAAUAAAUCUUAGGUUACAGAGAUAACUUUAACUGGUGAACAUGUGUAUAGACAAAGGUAUGAUAAUUUCACUGUAAAAAACCAAGUUAUGAAUCUUUCUUCUUUGUGUUAAUUGUUUAAAAUUUUCCUAGAGCUAAGGAGGCUCUUUAAAGAAGUUGUUUCUUCCAAAGAACAAAGACAAGCCAGCAUAAGGACGUUUAAUUCUAAAUGAUACAUUUAUUGGAGUUGUGCCUUUUGUACCACACUGGAUUAAAUAAACUUGUUAAAAGUA